GGUGGAAACCGGAUCCGGGAGGAGCUGCUUUUUGCCUUGUGGGGUUGAUUGAAUAGGUACCUAGAGCUCAUGGCCGCCAUUGCAUUCUAAGCGAAAGUCCGCAUCCAAUCUGCGAAAAUCCUGGCAAUUUCGAGGGCUUUCCCGAGAUCUGUUCACCUUCCCCGGAAAAUUCAGCCGUAAAGGACUUCAUUCUCCAACUGUACACCGAAGAAAAAGCCGCAAAGAUGUCCGGACUGUUCGGGAAAAAGUCGAAGAAGAAGAUGAAGCAGCAGCAGAAUGCAGCAGAAGCUGAGGCCGCUCGGACGGAGAAUUCAGUCAACUCUCCCUCCACGCCCAACAAGAUGUCCGGACCGUCCGUUCCCGCGCCCAUGCAGCCCAAUGUCCGGCCAAAACUGGUGUUCCACACACAGCUUGCACAUGGCAGUCCAACUGCAAGGAUAGAAGGUUUCACCAACGUUAAGGAACUCUACACUGAAAUAGCCAAAGCCUUCAAUAUACCAGCUGAUGAGAUCUUAUUCUGCACCCUGAACACUCACAAGUUGGACAUGUCCAGGCUGCUGGGGGGACAGAUCGGACUGGAAGACUUCAUCUUCGCACACUGCAGAGGACAGACCAAGGACAUAGAGGUAACAAAAUCAGCGCCGGCCCUAGGUCUGACGAUAACAGACAACGGAGCAGGGUAUGCCUUCAUCAAGCGUAUCAAGGAAGACUCCAUCAUGGACAAUGUCAAGACUGUGUGUGUCGGAGAUCACAUCGAAGCCAUCCAGGGAACCAACUUGGUGGGUGCUCGGCAUUAUGAGGUGGCGAAGAGGUUAAAGGACCUACAGGAGGGAACCACCUUUACUAUCAGGCUGGUGGAGCCCAGAAAGGCUUUUGCUGACAUAGCUCCCAGAUCCAGUAAGCAGGGUGCCCAGGAGGCUGCUCCACAGAAGGUUGGGACAGGCAAGCAGACCCUCAGGAUGAGGUCCAAGGGACCAGCUACUGUGGAGGACGCUCCGACAGAAUUUGAAGAGCGAGCAGCUAGAAAGAUUGACGACCUGUUGGAGUCAUUCAUGGGCAUCAGAGACAUGGAACUGGCCGAGACAAUGGUCGACAUCUGCAAGACAAAAAACAACCCGGACGAGUUUGCACAGGCGCUAGACGACAGGCUGGGGGAGUUUGCGUUUCCUGACGAGUUCAUCUUUGACGUGUGGGGAGCGAUCUCAGAUGCCAAGAUGGGCAGGAUUUGACGACAAGGUCGUUGUCAAGGUCACGACAAGGUCAAGGUCACAACCCUCCAACAGGGGACCAAGAACACCUCUGCCUUGGUCGUUAAUUGCAGGACACAGGAAUGUACAAUGAUUAGUCAUUUUUGUAGCAAGUAUGAGAAGUGAAUAUAAUUGUGUUUUGUGAUCAUAGUGUAUUAAGUGAGAGAUGCGUGAAUUAGUUUCAU